AUGGCAGCCAUGGUUCUGUCCCCCACUUGCGCUCAGUCUUCCCUGUACUCAGUCUCUCCUCAAAAAGGAUGCGCAGAGGAGGAAGGGUUGGUUCAUGGCUUCCUGACAAGCUGGUUACCGGACUUGGUGACCUUCGAGGAUGUGGCCGUGGAGUUCACACGGGAGGAGUGGGCACUGCUGGACCCUUCUCAGAGAACACUGUACAGAGACGUGAUGCGGGAGAACUGCAGGAACCUGGCAUCGCUGGGGUAUCAUAUUGAUAAACCCAGUCUGAUCUCCCAUUUGGAGCAAGAAGACAAGGUGAUGACAGAGGAGCGAGGAAUUCUUCCAGGCACCUGUCCAGAUUUGGAGACUGUACUUAAAGCCAAAUGGUUAACUCCUAAGAAGCAUGAUUUUAGAAAAGAACAUUCCAAUGGUAUAAAAGCGGAAAGAAAUCAUCUUGGAGUGAAACUCAACGAAUGUAAUCAGUGCUUUAAAGUCUUCAGCACAAAAUCUAACCUCACUCAGCACAAGAGAAUUCAUACUGGAGAAAAACCCUAUGACUGUAAUCAGUGUGGCAAAUCCUUUAGCAGUAGAUCUUACCUUACUAUUCAUAAGAGAAUACAUAAUGGGGAGAAACCCUAUGAGUGCAAUGACUGUGGGAAAGCCUUCAAUGAUCCCUCAUCCCUUAGACUGCACGUGAGAAUUCACACUGGAGAAAAACCCUAUGAAUGUAAUCAGUGUUUUCAUGUUUUUCGCACUAGUUGUAACCUCAAAAGCCACAAGAGAAUUCAUACGAGAGAGAAUCACCAUGAAUGUAAUCAGUGUGGCAAGGCCUUCAGCACGAGGUCCUCCCUUACUGGGCACAAUAGUAUUCAUACAGGGGAGAAACCUUAUGAGUGCCACGAUUGUGGGAAAGCCUUUAGGAAGAGCUCAUACCUGACACAGCAUAUGAGAACUCAUACUGGAGAAAAACCCUAUGAGUGUAAUCAGUGUGGAAAAUCCUUCAGCAGUAGUUUUUCUCUUACUGUGCACAAGAGAAUUCAUACUGGAGAGAAACCCUAUGAAUGCAGUAACUGUGGGAAAGCAUUUAAUAAUCUUUCAGCUGUUAAGAAACACGUGAGAACUCACACUGGAGAAAAACCCUACGAAUGUAAUCAUUGUGGAAAAUCUUUCACCACUAACUCUUACCUUUCUGUGCACAAGAGAAUACAUAAUAGGUGGAUAUGAAUACAAUAACUAGGAAAGCAGUCAUUGAUUUCUUAAUUCUCAGACAACUGAUGGUAACUCACUA